AUGGGUUAUGGAGCGCGUACUGCCGACCCAUCUCAGUUCGGUUUCAACGGAGUGUGCGUCGACCCGAAGAAGCGGCUGUUCGGUGGCUCUGCGAUGCCGUCCGUAAACAGCCCCGGCCUGGCGCAGAAUUCACUGUUCAACAAGGUGGCCGUCGCCUUUCCGGGCUUUGACUAUUACAGUGGUAGUGGUGACUCGCGCGACUACUGGCUUCCUCCCGCUGGUGGGAUGCUAGCGCCCCCGGGCUGCAUUCAGUCCCCGACGCCUUACUCCUCGAUCGUCGACUCUAACGCCGCAGCAGCUGCCAACUUCCAUGGCAUGCUGCCAAACGCGGUGGGCGGCGAAAGGCCUGCCGUGCCGUCCGUCGUCCCCAACGAUAUAAGCAAGCUGACGUCUUUAAACCCCUCAUUCCUGCCACAAGCCGGAUUCGGCGCGAUAAACGGCUCUCAGACGGGCGACGCCCUGGGCAAGGCUCUCGCUUCCAUAUACAACGAUCAAGUGUCCGCAUCUGACACUCAGUGGCAAAACGAAGCUGGUUCCCAUGUGAUUUCUAAUGAAUCAGAUGCGUCGCGAUAUAGAAAUCUGAAUGUUUAUCCUGUGACCAACGGCCUCGGUGGUGUCAGUGUUGCGUCGGAACUGUCUUCGAAUCUUUCCAUAGCCGCCGACUCACCCCUUGACACCAAGGACAUGAGCAUGACCCCUGGCAGCUCAGCAUCGUGUAAUCCGUCGAUCAGUCGUUGCAACAGUGCCGGCGGCGGCAAGAAGCGUUGCCGAUCACAGCAAAAUGAAGACGACGAAAACCCAGCCGAAAAGGAGCGUCGCGAGCGCGAACGACGGCACGCCAAUAACGCCAGAGAACGAGAUCGUGUAUCUGUUUCCAGCAAAUCGCUUGAUAAAACGCCUAAUUAUGAGUUUACGAGGAAGGCAAAUGUGUACAAAACCGCAGCUGUGUCGUGUCGUAGGAUUCGCGUAAGAGACAUAAACGAGGCGUUCAAAGAACUCGGCCGCAUGUGUUCCAUGCACGUGAAUGCGGAAAAAAUGCAGACCAAACUCGGAAUCUUACACCGUGCCGUUUCGGUUAUUACGUCGUUGGAGCAACAAGUGCGGGAGAGAAACCUGAAUCCGAAAAGCGCGCAUCUGAAACGCCGUGAGGAGCAAAAGCUGUCCGAAAACGACUGCAAAAUGUCAGGCCACGUCGGUGUUCAUGAACUCGCCAACGCCGCAGUUGCCGCCCACAUGGAUCCCAUGCGUCUUCUGUCGUCCGUCUCUGUUUCGGUAGGUGUUUACUUCAAUCUGCCGUAA